AUGUCUGCGGUGGUUGCGAGAUGGAUGCGGCCGCUGGCCUCGGCGACGGCGCCGCGGGUAGGCAGCUCGCCGGUCCGGCAGCGCGUGCGGGAUCGGUUCUACUCGGCAUCGGCAUCGGCAUCGGCGCAGGGCUCGCUGCCCCUCGAAGGCUACCGGGUGUUGGACAUGACCCGCGUUCUCGCCGGUCCAUACUGCACCCAGAUCCUGGGCGACUUGGGCGCCGAGGUUAUCAAGAUUGAGCACCCUGUCCGUGGAGACGACACGCGCGCAUGGGGUCCUCCGUAUGCCACUUACAAGCCUGAGUCCGGGGCGAAGGGUCCCGGCGAGGCUGCUUAUUUCCUAGGAGCCAACCGCAACAAAAAGUCUCUCGGCCUCUCGUUCCAGCACAAGGAAGGCGUUGAGAUCCUCCACAAGCUUGUCGCGAAAUGCGACAUCCUUGUCGAGAACUACCUCCCGGGUACUCUGAAGAAGUACUCAAUGGACUAUGAGACGCUCCGCAAAAUCAACCCGGCGCUCAUUUACGCGUCCAUCACCGGCUAUGGCCAGACCGGGCCCUACUCUAACCGCGCUGGCUACGACGUCAUGGUCGAGGCCGAGUUCGGCCUGAUGCACAUCACCGGCUCCCGUGACGGCCCUCCCGUCAAAGUUGGCGUCGCCGUUACGGACCUCACCACGGGUCUCUACACGAGCAACAGCAUCAUGGCCGCUCUGCUUGGGCGUGCCAAGACGGGCAGAGGACAGCACAUCGACGUCGCCCUGAGUGACUGUCAGACCGCCACCCUGGCCAACAUUGCCAGCAGUUGUCUCAUCAGCGGCAAGCGCGACUCGGGCAGAUGGGGAACCGCGCAUCCAUCCAUCGUCCCAUACCGGUCCUUCAAGACCAAGGACGGCGAUAUUCUAUUUGGCGGCGGCAACGAUCGCCUCUUUGGCAUUCUCUGCGAUGGCUUCCACAAGCCCGAGUGGAAGGCCGAUGCCAAGUUCAAGACCAACGCAGACCGGGUCGCCAACCGCGUUGAGCUUGAGGCCGAGAUAGAGGCCAUCUCCCAGACCAAGACGACCCAGGAGUGGCUCGAGGUAUUUGAGGGCAGCGGCAUGCCGUACGCCGCCGUCAACGACGUCCAGGACACCCUCAACCACUCGCACACCCUGGCACGCAACAUGGUCGUCGAGAUGGAGCACGAGGCCUGCGGGCCCAUCAAGAUGGUCAACACGCCCGUCAAGUUCUCCGAAAGCCAGCCCUCCAUCCGCACCGUGCCCCCCAUGCUUGGGCAGCACACCAACGAGGUCUUGGGCGAGCACCUGGGCAUGGCCGAGUCGGACAUUGCGGCGCUGAAGGCACAGGGUGUCAUCAGCUAG